CAGCGUAGCACAAUCGAGAAGGUAGAAGUCCGAGUCCUACCUGGGUCGUUGCCGCCUAGACGGAGCCCAGGAAAGAGAAAGGCCCAUUAACGACGCCACAAAUACCUUUUAGGCCUUUUGUACUGUAAUAAAUUCGAAUAGAAAAGAAAGAAAACAAGAGUGAGAUCGUCAAAUAUUGUUCUUCCCUCAAGAAAUUCAAGAGCCCCAACUGGCUUUCUCUCCCCCAGAUCAUCUCAGUUCAUCGCGUUUCGCGUUCGGGGCUUCCGGUUUUUCGCCUAUUGGGUUCGAUAAAGGUCUCAUUGUCAAAAUUUGAAGCUCAAGCUUCGGUAGUGUGAAGUGUUGUUGACAUUUUUGUCAUGGAUGAUGACAGUUCCAAUGAAUAAUUACUUGGAUCUUUCAUCUAGUGAGCGUGUUCAAAGUCUUUUCCACAAGAAUGUUGAGUUGGAGAAUAGCCGCAAAAAGGCUGCGCAGGCCAGGAUUCCCUUUGAUCCUAAUGUCUGGCAACAAAUUCGAGAAAACUAUGAAGCCAUUAUCCUUGAAGAUCACGUCUUUGCUGAACAACAUGAAGUAGAAUAUGCUUUGUGGCAGUUGCAUUAUCGGCGAAUUGAGGAGCUUCGAGCACACCUCAAUGCCGCUCGUGCUUCAUCUCAUUCAGACAUGCCUCAAGGUGGGAAAGUAUCUAGUCGACCUGAACGAGUUACUAAAAUUCGUUCACAGUUCAAAGCCUUUCUUUCUGAGGCAACUGGCUUUUAUCAUGAUCUGAUGUUGAAAAUUAGAACCAAGUAUGGUCUGCCUCUUGAUUUCUUCUCUGAUGGUCCUGAGAGCCGGAAUGUUGUGUCUAGAGAUGGAAAUAAAUCAACCGAGAUGAAGAAAGGAAUGAUUUCCUGCCAUCGUUGUCUGAUUUACCUGGGUGACCUUUCUCGUUAUAAAGGUUUAUAUGGGGAAGGUGAGUCUAAAACCAGAGAUUUUGCUGCAGCAUCAAGUUACUAUAUGCAAGCUGCUUCCCUUUGUCCUUCAAGUGGCAAUCCUCAUCAUCAGCUUGCAAUACUGGCUUCCUAUUCAGGGGAUGAAUUGGUGGCAAUAUACCACUACUUUAGGAGUUUGGCAGUUGAUAACCCUUUUUCAACUGCCAGGGACAACUUAAUUAUUGCAUUUGAGAAGAAUCGUCAGAGUUUUUUGCAGCUUCUUGAGAGUGCAAAAGCUUCAUCAGUUAGGAAUGCACCGGUGAGAAUGAAUGGAAGAGGGAGAGGGAGAGGGAGAGGGAGAGGGAGAGGAAGUGGAAGAGGAAGAGGUGCGGUGAUUUCAGUGAAAGAUGAUAAAAUGGGAGCAAGUACUGUUAAGGAAAAUCCAUCUAAUAUGCCUGAAAUUCUUAAAGCCUUCAGCACUUGUUUUGUUCGACUAAAUGGUAUUCUGUUUACUCGCACAAGCUUGGAGAAGUUCGUGGAGGUUUUGUCUGUGGUGAGAGGAGAUCUGCUUAAACUUCUCUCAUCGGGGUCGGAAGAAAAGUGUAAUUUUGGUUCUGGUGCUUCAGAUAAUGGUCUUAUGAUUGUUAGGCUUGUAGCCAUUCUUAUUUUCACUGCUUACAAUGCAAAUCGGGAAACUGAGAAUCAGUCAUAUGCUGAGAUUUUACAAUGCUCAGUUCUGCUUCAAAAUGCCUGUACUGCUAUUUUUGAGGUCAUGGGGCUCAUUGUUGAGAGAUGCAUGCAACUUCAGGAUCCUUUGACAAGCUUUCUUUUGCCUGGUGUGCUGAUCUUUCUGGAGUGGUUGGCUUGUCAACCAGAUAUUGCAGCUGGCAGUGAAGUUGAGGAAAAGCAAGCUACUGCUAGAUCAUUCUUCUGGAAGAGUUGCGUCUCUCUUUUGAAUAAGCUUCUGACAAGUGGGCUCAUGUCAAUUAAUGAGGACAAGGAUGAUGCAUUUUUUUCCAACAUGAGCACCUAUAAUGAAUGUGAAACCACAAAUCGGCAUGCACUAUGGGAGGACUUUGAAUUGAGAGGAUUUGUGCCUCUUGUUCCGGCACAACUAAUUCUUGACUUUUCAAGGAAGCAGUCUUCUGAAAAUGAUGGUGGAGAUGGAGAGAUAAGAGCUCGACUUCAGAGGAUUGUCGCGGCUGGGAAGUCUCUUGCCAGUGUGGUCCAUGUUGGGAAGCUGGGCAUGUAUUUUGAUUUAAGAGUGAAGAGAUUUGCAAUUGGCGUUGAGCCGCAAUCAGGAAAGGACUUUGAUUUUGUGUUGUCUAGUUCUUGUGAAAUGUCCGCAUGUGAUAGGGUGAUUAAGAUUGAACAUAUUGGCGAGCUUGAACAUAUUGGUGAGCAGAAAUUGGGUACGGAAGAUUUACAGCUGAAGUCGCAGUUAUAUACAGAAAUGGAAGAGGAAGACGAGGUCAUUGUUUUUAAGCCUUCUACGAUAGAUAAGCGUGUUGAUUUUGAUGGCUCCAAGCUGUCUUCUGCUGAGGUUUUUGGGCCUGGUGGUAUUUCUUCACAGGGUGAUUUGGAAAGCUGUGUUGCAUCGGUGUCAGCCUCACAAGAUGGUUUUGUAGUGCUGAAUGAUUUAAGCUCAAAGGCACCCAUAUCUAGUGCGACCAUUCCCCAGUUUGUGCCAUCGCUGAAUAGUUUCCACACGGGGUCCUCUAUGUCUCUUGCUGCUCCUCAGGAUGUUCAAUUGCUAAAUACUAUUGAUACAAGCUUGAGGGUUCCAGCGUCUCUUGCUAACCUCUCCCAGCAUGUGCAACCAAUCCAACCAAGUGCUUCGAAGUGGCUGCUGGAAUCUGAAAAUUCCAUUGCCAAUGGAUUGAGAGAAUUGAAUUUAGUGGAGAAUGGGCUUGUUACAAAACCUCGAUUGCAAGAAAGCUUUGGAGUUUCGCAGCCAGCUGCACUUCCGUUCCCGUUCCCACAUGCUGUGAAUGACAGUUCUGGAAAGGCACAUCCCAUUCAGGUUUCUGAUACUGUUAUACCUUCUAAAUUAGAUUCAGUCGUGCCUCUCGGAGCCAACUUUAAUAGUCUUACGUCUUCGGCUUUGCCAGCAAAUAAAACAAAAAAUCCAGUUAGCCGACCAUCACGACAUGUUGGUCCUCCUCCUGGAUUUAACCCUGUUCCCCCAAAAUCUGCAUGUGUGUCCUUCUCUGACAUUGGUUUGAAUGAUAAUUUAAAAGCGGAUGGUUAUAGUUGGCUAGAUGGAUAUCAGUUGCCAUCAUCCACAAAAGUCAGUGGGGGUACCAAUUCCAGCAGUCUUUCGACUCAAUCCCACCAUCAUGUGACAGUGGGCAGCAGUCCGACUGGGGCAACAAGCUUCCCAUUUCCUGGAAAACAGUUUUGGUCUUUGCAAGCUCAAUCAGAAAGUCAUAGAAGUGUUCAGGACUAUCAGGUUCUUGAUCAUCUGAAACUUUACCAGGAGCAGCAGCUGGAACAGCAGUUACUUAAGAAAGUAAAUCGCCAAUCUGGUCAACCGCCAGAGCAUUAUUGGGGACAGCUUCCUCGGGAAGGUCGUUUCUUUGUGUGAGAUCACCAUGGAGGAUGAUGAAUCUUCUGCUGUGAACAUCCUGUGGCAUGACGCGGCUAAGUCUAGUCUCUGCCUUUGCCUGCCAAUGCCAUUUCAAUUUCCUGGAGCAUGGGUUAUCUCAGUGUGUUGCGAGCACCUGCAUUUGAGCAGCUUGUGAGCUAAAUUCCUUUGUUUUGAUACAGCUUUUGUGAGCUCUCCGGUCCUGCAGAAUGGUGAUCACUGGUGGAGAAGUGCAAGAUAUUUGAUGAUGAAUCACAUUCUGGGUUGUAGAUGGGGUUGGCACGUAAUGCGACUCGAUGUGUUGGAUGUCCAUGGACCAGUUGAAGCCAGGUGGAAUGAAUGAAUGAUGAGAAAGUGUGCAGCUAUUAAGGGAUAUUGGUCUACUUAAUCCAUUGGGUUUUGUGAUAUAGCUAGGGUAAUAAAAGGAGUUUGGUAGUCCGGAUACUUUUGGCAAUUCCAGAUAUUACUGUUUUAGUCUAUUGUAUUGACUUGCUGCAAAAGUUUAAUGUGUGAGCUUGAGAUGGACUCGUAUCUUUUUAUUUUAAUUUUGGAAGCAUUGGCUGUUUUACAUUGGAGUGUUUGCUUAUUAAUAAGACAGUUUCAUGGUCAUUCAGAA